AUGGCUUCGGCUCUGCAAGCUGUUUUUGCCCGAUUGGGCAACCACCCCUCAUUGUCCCCUGUCGCUGUAGCACCUGAUACUCCGGCAACAGCAGCAGCAGAACCAUGUCAGAUCAGCGUAUCAGGGGAAGAUCAUGCUGUUCUGAAGCCUGAACCUGCGUUAGGGGAAACACUCGCCGCACCAGUUGAUCAAGAACCCCUCAUAACAGCAGCCAACGAGGAUCUUCCACCAGUGAGCUGCAGCAGCGAAUCUGGUGAACCUGUGCAUCAGAAAGACAGCGAGGACGAAGAAAUGCCACAUGAUUCAAUGCAAGAGAAUUUAGUAAACAUGCAAGAAACGCCAGGAUUUAACAAUAAUGAUAACGGUACUCGUAAUAGUAUAUCUCAAGAAGGCAACACUCCAGAUUCACCGAUGCAAAUUUCCAUGGAUCCAACUGAUGCUGCUCCCCAGUGUGCGCAGCAAGACAUCGACCUUGAACCAGCAGCACAAUCACCAGUUGAGAUGGUUGAAUGUUUCACGGAGGAGCAGGUGAUUGCUUCGGUGGUAGAAAAAGUAAUAGAUGGCACUGUUGCGAGUGAGCAAGACGAAUGUAAUGUCGAACAGGGCAGAUGUGACGAAGAACUGACACGUGUUGAAAUUGGCGAUGAUGAAGAGAUGGAAAGAAAGCCGGAUAUAUCAGAAGAGCUGUUACGUGAUCCGAGACUUCUUUUGCAGAAAGCAAGCGAUGUACUAAAAAGUUUACAGACUCAGGAACUAGCUGCAGCUGCUGAGCGAACGAUGGCUGAAAAGCAGAACCAGCAGCAAUAUGAGCAAUUACCUCUGGACGAAGAAUACGAAGAGAACGAAGAACACAAGCCACUGCCCGAUUUUCACGGUGAACCGGUUCCGGAUUCGGAUGACGAGAUAAUCAUAGAGGGUGUUUCUCGAAAAAAGUCUACGAAAAAGAAUUCCAUACAAGAGGAGGAGCCAGUACCUGGUGAUGAACAAAUUGAAAUUGAUUUCUAUAAUGCGGAUUUGAAUAUCAAAGCGAGUGAAACCUGUCAAGAAGUGAUCGAUCCGGACAACGGUGACGGCUUUGCAUUGAUGUGGGGUGGUGCCAGGUCCACAUAUGGCAUUCGAAUUUCCAACGACGAAAUAUUCGCGCACUUCCCCCCUAUAUUGGAAUACAUGACGAUCAAGCAUUUACCAUUUGAAGAAGCCGAUGCUCACGAUGUACGAAUAGGCUGGUCCACUCACAAUUCCACCAAUAUUGUACGUUUUUUGCUUGGGUUUUGCAGAAAUUUUGUAUUUUGGGUCUUCGAUUACGUCACCUGCACUUUUUUCCACACGACAUCAGUUUUUUAA